AUGAAGGUGUUCGUUUCCCCAUUGGUCUGUCACUUGACACUUUUUCCAACGUCACCCUUGUUUGGCGUGUCACCAUCACCAAGAACACCAUCAACACCAUUUCCAAUCGUCACAACACCGUCUAGAAGAAGCAACACUCGGCUCUUCAUGGGUGACAUUUUUUCCAGCAAUGGUGAUGAUGCAACUCCGCGGCCCACGUCGCCAACCGACCAAAAUAAUUCAAACUCAAAUUCUGCUUCUGCUGAUUCCUCAAAUACGAAUAUGAAUUCAGUCCCAUUAUCCCAAUUGUUGCCUCCUUUGAAAGCCAACAGUCGUCGAAUCUACUUGAUUCGUCAUGGGGAAACCGAUUGGAAUAAGGAAGGAAAGAUCCAAGGAGGAGGCUAUGACAUUCCCUUGAAUGCCAAUGGCCAAUCGCAGGCCAAAGCCGUUGCAAAAGCUUUGCAAGAGAUUCCUUUGACGGUGAUUCUGUCUUCCACACUGAGUCGUGCCAAAGAAACGGCCGACAUUCUAUGGCAAGAGCAUCCCAACUGUCAAAGGGAACUCGAUGGUGGACUGAAGGAAAUGGGGUUUGGCGAGUUUGAAGGCUUGGCCAUUCACAGUCCGGAGCUGCCAGAAGAAACUAAGGCUAGAUUCAAGACGAUUGGUCGCCAAGUCAAUGGAAAUCCAGAGAUGCGGUUUCCGGGAGGAGGAGAAUCUUCCAACAUGGUCCAAGAAAGAGCUUGCAAGGCCAUUGACACAGUGUUGCAAAAGUACCCAUCCGCAACGGAUCAUCCACACAUUGCCGUGGUGUCACAUGGCCGCACCAAUAAAGUACUGAUUGCUUCGAUUGUCUAUGGAGAUGUCCAAAAGUUUCCAACCAUUAAACAAAAGAACACCGCCAUUAAUGUGUUGGAUGUGGACGAGGACGGGAAUUGGGAUAUUCGUGUAUUGGAUUACAUUGAUCAUGUCAAGGACAAUGUCAUAAUACGGUAG